GAGGGCUGCCGCCUUCUGAUGCCGGGCCUUCGGGAACCUCCUUGGGAAGCCCCCAAGCGUGUGAGGUGCGGUGUAAGGACCCUUGGUAAAGGAGCAGAGAACACAUGUGUUGUGCAGCAGGGAGGUGGUCGGGAUGUUAACGUAAGUUUCUCAAACAGUUAGGUAUACAUCCUGACUGGCAAUUUGUAGAUGUCUAUGGUAUGGAACCAGAACUGCUUAGCAUGGUGCCAAGACCUGUAUGUGCAGUGCUUCUUCUCUUUCCAAUAACAGAGAAGUAUGAGACCUUCAGAACAGAAGAAGAAGAGAGGAUAAAAGCUAAGGGGCAAGAUGUCAAAUCAUCAGUGUAUUUCAUGAAGCAAACCAUCAGCAAUGCUUGUGGGACAAUUGGGCUAAUUCAUGCUAUUGCCAACAACAGAGAGAAAAUGAACUUUGAAACCAAUUCAUCACUGAAGAAGUUCCUAGAAGAUUCUUUAUCUAUGACUCCUGAAGAAAGGGCCAAAUAUCUAGAAACUUACGAAGCAAUUCGUGUCACUCAUGAAUCCAGUGCCCAUGAAGGUCAGACUGAGGCACCAAGUAUAGAUGAAAAAGUAGAUCUUCACUUUAUUGCAUUAGUUAACGUAGGUGGUCAUCUCUAUGAAUUGGACGGACGCAAACCAUUUCCAAUAAACCAUGGGGAAACUAGUGAUGAUUCUUUUUUAGAGGAUGCAAUAGAAGUUUGCAAGAAGUUCAUGGAACGUGACCCGGAAGAAUUAAGAUUUAAUGCAAUUGCACUGUCUGCAGCUUAAAAACUUUUCCACUUGGGCUAACCUAUUGCAAUGUAUUGUAACAAGAUAACCGUUGCCAUAUGUUAAUAGUACAAGUUUUGAUACUUCCCUAAUACGUCAAUUAAUUGUAGCACACGUGGAAUAAACUUUGCAUUUGUCCUUGAUAGAAUUUGCUGCUUGUUCCUGAAGCAAAUUGAUGUAUUUCUGUACACACGUGCAUUUUGUGCAAGAAUUCUGUGUGGUGGGGUUUUCUCCUUCUAGCCCCUUAAUAGUUUUGGAAAUCAGUGCCUGUGAUAUUUCAUCAUAAUAAUGAUGAGCAAGUUCAGAGUGGGACUCUUCACUCAUACCAUAUUUAGAGUGGAAUAUGGGAUACUGGGCAAAAACUUGAAAUAUGAGGUUACUUGCAUCUUCAAAUUAAAAUGAUAGAAGAAUAACGUAAGAACUUUUGCAGGUAGAUCAGAAAUUAUAUAUAAAUACUGGAAGAAAAAAAAAAGCCAGGACUGUUUCUUCUAACUGGUGCUCAGGAAUAAUAUUCUAAAUAUUCUUAUAUUUACAUUUUGGAGAAUGUUCAUUUUGUUUUUCAAGCCUAAUAAUGUUAAAGCUUUUUAAUAAUUUAUUAGUUAUACCAGCGUAUGCGAUUUGUAUUUGUGGAAAAACAAAAACAAAAAAGCAGGUAGUGAUUAAUGCGGUUUAUAAUGGUAGGACUGCAGAGGGAACGCGCAAGUGAAUACAACAAAAUGAAGUAUCUCACCUAACUGUAAUAAAUGCUAGAAAAAGUCA